GGCAGUUUUGCAAACUAUGAACAAGACACCCGAUCCGCUUAAAUGGCCGUCAAAUGAAGCCAGCAAGAAGCCGAAUUCCAACUAUGCGGCUUUUGUGCUCCAUUGAGUCAAUUGAGAGAACGACAUCGUGAAAAAAACAGACCCGUUUUUAGUUAGUGACCAGAAAAUGAAACUGCGAGUCCAGCUGCAGUGCAAGAAUUUGCAUGAAUACCUCAGAGAGCUGAGUCCAGAGAUUUUGGACCGACUCUACAAUCAUCCGGCAACAUGUCUCGCUGUCUACAGGGAGCUUCCUUCUCUGGCCAAAAACUAUGUGAUGCGAAUGCUGUUUCUGGAUCAGCCUCUUCCGCAGGCAGCAGUGGCAUUGUGGGUGAAUAAAGAAAGCAAGAAGGAUCAUGAUGAAUGCGUAUCAGUGCUGGCAGGACUCCGCCUUUGGCACAGUCAGCAGCUGCAGGGUGGUCUGCAAGGAUAUAUCCUGAAUCCAGUGUUCAAAGACAACCUGAGGAUAGCGCUGCUCGGCGGGGGUCGAGCUUGGGCAGACGAAGGCAGCAGCCUGGGACCCGACCGGCAUGCUCGCGACAUAGAGAGUCUGGACCGGUAUGCCAUGGAGCGCUGGGAGGUUAUCCUGCACUUCAUGGUGGGUUCUCCCAGUGCUGCUGUCAGUCAGGACCUGGCUCAACUGCUGACUCAAGCAGGCCUCAUGAAAAGUGAGGCAGGCGAGGCCCCCUCCAUCACCUCUGCCGGCUUCCAGUUCCUUCUGCUGGACACAGCCUCCCAAUUGUGGUAUUUCACCCUGCAGUACCUCAAAACUGCUCAGUCAAGAGGGAUGGGCCUGGUGGAAAUAUUGUCAUUCUUGUUCCAGCUCAGUUUCUCAACAUUGGGCAGAGAUUACUCAGUGGAGGGCAUGAGUGAGUCAUUACUCACAUUUCUGCAGCACCUCCGGGAGUUUGGACUGGUCUUCCAAAGGAAGAGAAAGUCAAGGCGGUACUAUCCCACCAGAUUGGCCAUUAGUCUGGCUGCGGGAGUCACGAGCAGCUCUUCUUCCCUUUCCUCCUCUUCUAACUUGGGCUCCACUCCUGGUACUGGAGAUGCUGGCUUCAUUGUGGUUGAAACAAAUUAUCGCAUCUACGCCUACACAAACUCAGAGCUCCAGGUUUCUCUGGUAGCGCUCUUCAGUGAAAUGUUGUAUCGGUUUCCUAAUGUGGUGGUGGCUCAGGUCACAAGAGAGUCGGUGCAGCAGGCUAUCGCAAAUGGCAUCACUGCGCAGCAGAUCAUCCACUUUCUGAGAACCAGAGCACACCCUAUCAUGCUGAAACAGACACCAGUGCUUCCUCCAACUAUAACGGAUCAGAUACGACUUUGGGAGCUGGAAAGAGAUAGACUGCAAUUCACGGAGGGAGUGCUCUACAACCAGUUUCUCUCCCAGGCUGACUUUGAGGUGCUGCGAGACAGAGCUCAGGGUCUGGAUUGUCUGGUGUGGCAAGAUGUGGCUCACAGGGUGAUGGUGGUGACACCACACGGACACAGUGAGGUCAAGAGGUUCUGGAAACAACAGAAGUCCCACACAUAACCUGGAGAAUAGGAAACAGGAAGGAUGCCAUCCCACAAUAUCUUCUGACAUACUUUUAACUGUCACUAUUAAUUCUGUAGCGCAGUCGUUCUUAACCGUUGUUACCUUGGAACCUGCAUAUUCCUAUUGUCUCCAAAUCGCGACCAAUUUUUAUGUUAAGAACAGUAAUAAAAAUGUAUAGUUAAAAAAAAAAAAAAAAAAAAAACCUUUGCAAACAUAUAUAUCAUAUUUGUAAAUAAUGUGAUGCAUACAUGUUCACAGUGCCUUUCAGAACACAUUAACAGAGUAGGAACAUAGCUGUAUAUUCAAAAAUGAAUAUGGUAAAAUGAAAUAUCAAAAUUGCAGAAAAUACAGCCAAAAAAAUUUCACUUAUAUCUCUGUACUAACAGUACCAUAGUUUGUCUUCGUUUUCCUGAAUAUCUGACGGAUGCAGGCAAGUUCAAGUUUGAACAAUACAAAUUGUUAUGCUAUUAAAAACACGAAUGGCAUUUAUUACAUUGGCAUCAUCCGAGGUAUUCAUCUUCAUUUGAGUUUGACUUAAACUGCAGGUGGCAAUAGGGGCAGAGCUUGGGUGGGGUUACACAAAACUAUGCCUGGUUUCUGCUUACAGUAAAAAAACGACUGAUAAUUUAAAAGAGAGGGUUUACAGGUAUCAUAUAUAUAUAUUUUUUGUAUUUACAUAUAAGCUUGUGCUCAUAAUGUUGUAUGUAGCCUGUCGGUAUACAUUAUAUCCCGGAAGUAAACAACUCAGUCAAUCAAACAAAAAAUCAAUAAUGGGAACUGCUCCUGACAUUAAUCGAACCUGAUUGUUGUAUUGAAGAACUUUUAUGAGAUGUGUUGGAGAAGUUUCAGAACUGGUGUCACCAAAGACAUAUUUCAAACCCGAAGUUUUGAGUUUUCCUCUUCAAUGUGGGUUAGAUGAUCAACCAGCACAUCGGAGAGAUCCUGGCUGUGGCCUUUGCUUCAUUCAGUGUGUGAGAAGAGGCCAGAGUUGUAGCAGGACAACCUGUGGCUACCGUACCGUGACGUCUGCUUACGAUGCCCUGAGCGCCUGAUAGUUCCUGGCCGAGAAAAACGUCGUUGUCCAUGGGCAACCUCCCUACUCACCCAACCUGGGUCUGGGUGAUUUCAAUCUUUAUAAUGUACGUCUGUUGUUUUCGUCUCUUUGCUUAUUUAGUUCAGUUUGGUUUUUAAAAAAUAAAGUGCCACUCUGCAUUUA